GAAAUUAAGGCGGAUAAAAUCAACAGUAUGAAUUCCUCUGUAAUUUCAAGGAUGUCUCCACUGGUAAUGCAUAAUCCUAUCUUCACCGGUCCAUGCGAAAAUUUAUCGAUCGAUGACGACUUUGUAGCCUUACUCGGGCAAGAUUUUGGCAACUAUUUGCUCUCUCCAAGAACCAACUCCUCAUCAUGUUCAUCAGCUUUGAUUGAUAACAUCACUCCAAGCAACAACAUGAACUCGAACAACACUUUCUACACUUCCUUUAGUCUCGAACAACAUAAGAUGUUACGGCAAGCGCCAGACAGUUACUCCGGCUUCCCAAACAUGAUAAAUCAGGGAUGCAUGAUUAAUUAUCCUGCAGACCACAAUCCUUCACAAAAUAUCCAGCAGCUCCAGGUGCAAUUGAAUCUGGAAAAGGUUAGUGUAGGCCCUGAUAUUGUGAUGGCACAAGGGUCAAGUUCUGAAGGUGAUGUGGGAGUUAAGGCUGAGCCGACUAAGAAGAAAGGUCGAAUUCGGGGGCCAUCACAAAGCUACGACCACAUCAUAGCCGAGAGGAAGAGGCGCGAGCAGCUCAACCAGUUAUUUGUAGCACUUUCGGCCCUUGUGCCCGGUCUAAAGAAGAUGGACAAAAGCUCAGUCCUUGAGGACGCCAUCAAGUAUCUGAAACACCUCAAGGAGACGGUUCAAGACCUUGAGGCAAAAGCCGAGAAGCACGCGAUGGAAUCAGUCGUGCUCGUCAAGAAAUCUCAUAUUACGGUAGAGGACGAGCAGAGCCUCACCGUGGAGGAAAAACCGUUGCCCGAGAUCGAAGCCCGGUGGUGCGAGAACCUCGUGCUCCUCAAGGUGCAUUGCGAAAUGCAAAAGGGCGUGCUCGUCAAGUUAGUGAGUAAGAUCGAGAGCAUGAAUAUGAUCGUCAUCAACACUAAUGCCACGCCGUUCGGGAACGUGACCCUCAACAUCACCAUUGUCGCCGAGAUGGAGAAAGAGUUCAAGUUUACGUUGAAAGAAGUCGUGACCGCCAUACGAGGAGUCGUCUAG